AUUAAUUUUCAUAAAAAUAUCAUGUGUAUUUUUACUAGCUUCAAUAUUGAAUUGAAUAUGUAAUUCAAUGUAUAUUUCAUUGAAUUUCCUGUAAAAUUUUGUCUAUGUACUGAAGAAUACAGUUGCGAUUUAAAUGUAAUAACAUAUUUGGAAAAGAAGAAAAAUUGAUAUUCAUCAUACAAUAAUUGGUAUUCAUCGUAUAAAUCAUGUUUGGGAAAGUAACAUGUUUGAUAACAAAUAAUCUCAAGAUCCCAUCAACUGAUAAUUUCAAGGAACAGAAUUACAUUUGCUUGGUCAGUGCUAUUUUAUUACAGAAUUUUAAAAAUGAUAAAAACAUUUAUAUUCUUUGACCUGGAAACAACGGGCUUGAUAGGAGCUACUAUGCCAAAGAUUACUGAAAUGUCAUUAAUUGCAGUGUCAAAGAACGCUAUAUGUGAAACUAUGCACGAUUUGCCAAGAGUCCUACAUAAGCUAGUUUUGCCGAUACAUCCAAAUAUAAAAAUUUCAGAUAAAGUUAAUAAAUUAACAGGUUUAUCUAAUACAAGUUUACAAGAAGUUCAAAAUUUUAACUGUGAGGUAUAUGAUUUAAUUAUGCAUUUUAUAAAUCGACUAUCAAAACCAGUUUGUUUUGUAGCCUACAAUGGAAACAAGUUUGAUUACCCAAUAUUUUUAUCUGAACUUAACAAUGUUAAUAAGAAUUUCAGUGAAGAUAUUUUCAGCAUUGACAUGCUUGAGCUAGUAAGAAAUUAUUUUUCAACAAACAAUAAAAGUGUUACACGAAACACUCCUUCUAUGUCUAAUACUGAAGAUGUUAGUAGUUUGUUAAAUGAUGGCUGUGAUGAAAUGUUAUGUGAAGCAGCGGAUUCUAUUACAAGUUCAACCACUGAUGACCAUAACGAAAUUAAACAAGUAGAUGAAGAAAAUAAUUCUUGCUCUAGUAGUGGGCUUAACACUCCAAAACAUAGCUAUUAUAAAAAAAUGCAAGAGAUGAAUGAAAAGACACCUGAAAAUCAAAUUUUUAAACUACGAGAUGCAAAUAUAAAUUUGUACAAUGGAAAGAUAUGCUCUGCAAGAAGAAGAUUACCUUUUACACAUAAACUAGAUAAUUAUAAAUUAUCGACUGUUGCUAAACAUAUUUUAGGAACUGAUCCUGAAAAUGCUCAUACUGCAGAAGGGGAUUGUAUUACUAUGUUACGUUGUGCAGUUAAGUUAGGUGACGAUUUUGUUGAAUGGGCUGAAAAGAGAAUGACACCUUUCGUUAGAUAUGAGAGACAUUAACAGAUAUACAUCUGUAGCAUUUUUAUUCAUGUUUUCUCUAACAUAUUUAGAUUUUAACAUUAUACUUGUACAUUUUAUGGAAUAAGGUAAAUACUUGAAGCAUGUUAUUUUAUUUUACUUUCAAAAAGUACAUAUAUCAAAUCUGUGUAAAUAUGUACAAUUUUAUUGUUAUAAUGUUUAUAAUAAAUAUUUAUUAAAAAACUAUUGUGAUACUGUAGCUAUUAAGUAGGGUAGUUAAUCAUUGAUAUACAAAAAUUUAUAAAAUAUCAUUACAACACUACACAACUCCAACUCUGCUGCAAGUUUUCUGUAUCUUCUUCACUUGAAGAGCUGUAAGCAAACACAAUAUACUUAUUUGUUUCGUCAUAUUUUAUUAUCUCGCAUUUAAUACUUACUUGUCAAUAUUACUA